CACCUCUCUCCCUCUUUAAAGACGAAAAAAACACAAGUGCCUUUCUCGUACACACUGUUAAAACACACACACACACACACACACACUGUUUCUCUCUCUCUCCUCACAAACAGUCAGAGAGAAAUUAGAAAUGGCGGAAGAGGUGAUUAUUCUGUUGGAUGUUCAUGUAAGCAUGUUCGGGAUGAGGGCUAGAGUCGCUUUAGCUGAAAAGGGGGUUCAGUACGAGUACAGGGAGGAGAAUUUGGCUGCUAAAAGCCCUCUUUUGCGCCAGAUGAACCCGGUUCACACUAAAAUUCCGGUCUUGAUUCACAACGGCAAACCCAUUUGCGAGUCCCUUAUUAUUGUUCAGUACAUAGACGAUGUCUGGAGGAACGAUAAUAAUUGUAAUAAUAACAACCCCCCCUUGUUGUCUUCCGACCCUUACCAGAGAGCUCAAGCUAGGUUUUGGGCUGAUUUCAUUGAUAAAAAGAUAUUUGAUGCUGGAAGAAGAAUAUGGACAAAGAAAGGAGAAGAGCAAGAAGCGGCCAAGAAAGAAGUCAUCGACGCACUUGUGUUGCUGGAAGGGGAAUUAGGGGACAAGCCUUACUUUGGCGGUGACAGCUUCGGUUUUCUCGAUGUCGCCUUAAUUACUUACUACUGUUGGUUCGAUACCUGGGAGACUUGUGGCGAUUUCAAGAUCGAACAACAUUGCCCUAAAUUGAUUGUGUGGGCGAAGAAGUGCAUGGAAAGAGAGAGUGUCUCGAAAUCUUUGGCUGAUCCUAAGGAGGUUUAUGAAUUCGUGUUGAUGCUCAAGAAAAAGUACGGCAUCGAGUAGUCGGAUUUAGCAAGGUUUGUUGGUUUAUAAUUUGUCGUUGGUUGUUUAAUCCCGUUUCGACCGUAUCUUUUCAAUGUUGUGGACUAUGUUGCAAUAAUAGUAAUAAAAAAGUAUAUUGAUUGUUGAUUCUUACUU